AUGAUCGAAGUUAAGAAGUUCCGAUGGUAUCAUAUCAUUGGAAUUCUAUGCAUUUCUCUAUUUCUAUUUUUUUAUUUGCAGAUCGAUGACUUUGUAUUUGAUCCAUAUGCACAGGCAAAAGUGGCUGUUGUUGGCUGUCCUUCCUACAAUUAUGUUUCUGAUGCUAAGAAUAUUUUGGACUUAUUGACACAUGUGAAAGAUGAACCUGAAUGUCACCGAGAGCCCGGGUUAACAGUUUUGGAAAAUGGAGAAGUCCGAAUGGCUCAACAGUCUUCUGAGCUAAAUGAAUUGAAUUGUAAUGCCAGUUGUACAUAUCGAGAUGGCUAUUAUCAGUACCAUUUUGGUCCGUCAUGCAUUAUUGGUCAAAACUGUAGCAAAUUCGAGUGCGACUUCGUUUUCGUGCAUUGCUUUCAAAAUGGAAGCCUCGUACACAUUGAUCAACACAUGCAAAUUGUUGAGCAUAAGAGAGAUCGCAAAAAAGUGCUCGGUGACUUCUAUCGAGAAAGUCCAUCGUUGAAACUAAGAGAACAAGCCGAUCUCUAUCAGCCGAGUGUCUACAUUCUAGUUCUUGACGCUGCCGGGAGAUUCCCAGCACAAAGGCAGCUCAAGAAAACCUACAAAUUCAUGCUUGACGAGCUAGGAGCCACCGAUUUCAAGCAAUAUGCUCAAGUAGGAGGAAACAGUCGGCCUAAUGCACUCGUGGCAUUUUUUGGUAUUAUCGCGCAGGAAGUUGAUCGGAGUGUCUAUGGUGGUACCACUAUCAACGCGAGCUUUGAAUGUUCUAAGUUCUUGGAUGACAAAGCCUACAUUGCAUUUGAGUAUGAAGACGCUGGCUAUCAAACAAUAUUUGCUGAAGAUUUCUUCCUCGAUGUGAUCGCUUAUACUGACUGUGCGAGUUUCAAAAAUGAUCCCACAAUUCAUUGGAACAGACCAUAUUUAUUACCAAUACUUACCGAAGAAGACGCGUACGACCCGGAUCCAUUCUAUAAAGCUGGCUACAAAUUUACCGAUGAGAAGACUCUCACAAAGCAUAUACGAAACGCUACAAGAUGUGGGGAAGCUUAUUUGGAUGUUAUUGAAUAUUAUGGGAAAUUUGUGAAAGCUUACAAAGGAAAACCAAAAAUGGGAAUCCGAUGGACGAUUGAAGGUCAUAACAAAGAGAAAUGGUUUCGGAUAUCUGAUAAGUAUCACGAGAAGUUCAUGAGGGAAAAUAAAGAAGAGCUCGAGAACUCGUUUGUUAUUCUGAUGGGAGAUCACGGAGCCAGAGGUGGCAAGGUUAUUGGCACUAAACAAGGGCAUUUCGAAAGAUACAAUCCAUUGAUGCUCUUCGCAAUCCCGAAAAAAUUGCGAAACACACCCAUGGAAGCAAUAAUUCGGAAGAAUAGCGAUAAACUCUUUACCCCUCAUGACCUCUAUGCUACUCUUAUCGAUAUUGUCAGACAUCAAUCCGUUGUAAACUUCCAAGAUCAAUCGUUUUUACGUCUCAAUGGUACUCUCGGAAACUCUUGGCUGCGAGAAUUGGAUCCUAAUUUGCUAAGAGAUUGCCGACAUUUACCAAUUCCAUCAGAAUUUUGUAAUUGUAACUACGGAGAAGCAACACCAAUGCCCAAAGAAGAUUCAUUGUGGCUGCUGCUUCCUAACAUCAUCUCAAAAAAUUUCAAUCAAUUUUUGGCGGACUACGAUCUCACCGAUCUCUGUGAAAGUGUGGCUGUGAAAAAUCUCACCAAAGUCGCAAGAAUUCCCAAUUCGUUCAAUAGUCGAUUCUUCGAGGUCGAAUUCUUUACGCAUCGGGAUGCAGAAUUUUCUGCAAUCUUUAAACUGGAAGAUGGUGGGGAAUUGGUGUUGGAACCAAAGCAAUUUCUUCGGAUAAAUCGAUACGGGCAGACAGCAAGUUGUCUUCUUCGAGCCACACAUCGGCCGAUGUGUUAUUGCAAAAUCCAAAAAGUCGUUGAUCAGACAGUUGAACAACGUGUU